GGAAGAUGUCUUCUUGGCGUGGCUCCGCGACCGUGUCGGUGUUGGUCGCACUCGUGGUACUGUUAGGAGGUCUCCAGCUGGUGGUGGCUCAACCUGGCGGGAAAUUUGGACCUCGGUUGGGUGAGCGCUUGCGCGAACGGCGUCUGGAGAGGAUCCGCUUGCGUCAACAGCGUGUUGCCGAGUCCAUCGCCCACGAUUACCCGGCGGUAGCGGACUAUCAGGAUGACGCAGGGGUGAGAUCCUCACAGGAGAACGGCACGUCCAGCUCGGAGGACUACGAUAUGAACCUCACGGGCACGGUGGAUGCGAACCGGAAACCACUACCGAUCGCUUUCCGGCCGAGCCUACGCAGGACGAAGUUUGAGAAGAGCAUCCUGUUCCGGUUCUACCACGACGGCAACCUGACGAAGCAGACGACAAUGAUCGAGGACGAACCGCUGCUAAACGGAACCGGGUGUGCCCCGGAUGAGCGAUUCGCGUUGAUCGUGCACGGUUGGCAUGAGAACUGCUACGAGGUACCGUGGGUGUUGGACUUGCGCGAAAACCUCCGCACGUACCGGGGUGGGUGCGUUGCCUGCAUGGACUACUCGUCCUUCUCGAGCGGUGGUUACGGUGGGCUGGUGGGCGUAUUUCGCGACAUCCGUGACGUACUGCAGCAGUUCCUGCAGCAACUCCGCUUCGAGGGCAUCCAGUAUGAGCGAUUGUUUCUGUUUGGGUUUAGUUUUGGGGCCCAGCUCGCGUUAGACGUGGGCACACGAAUUGGCGGGCGUGAGAUCGAAGCGAUCGACACCUGCGAUAUGGCUGGACCUGGGUUCGACAACGAUCGGUUGUUUAAGCAAGCGGACUUCCGGCAAGCGGCUAAAAACGUCCAGUGUAUCCACACCAGCAUCGACAAGGGUACGAAGUUCCCAAACAAGUGUCAUCAGAACUGGCGGAUGGGACAGUGUGGUUUGCGUCAGGCUGCAGCUGGACCACCACCGUUGGGAUCACAUGGACUCUGUCCGGUGUUCUACAAUCUAGCCUUCAAGUACCAGUUCUUGGCGCAACCGAAGCCACUCGAAUGCGUCUCGCUUGGUGACACGGCCGGGUAUCCUCGGAACUACCGCAUGGGCUACAUGGAAUCUCGCAAGAGCGAGGUCCGAGGUGAGCUGUUCGCGCAGACCUCGGACGUGUACCCGUACACUGUGUUCACCAACCCGUACAACAUCUUCGAUUACGGCUUCUAGCGGAUACGUGUCUGCCUGACAACCCAGAGCCCCAAAGAAACGACCCCCAGUGUGUGUGUGCCAAUGCCCGCGAGGACCUACUGAGGCGAGGAAACCUUCCACCUGUGGAGACCUUCACAUUGACGAAGGGUGGAUUCGUAACGUCUAAAACGCGUGUUAGUUUUGUUUUUAAUUUUCUUAUGUUUACGAUUUAAGUAGCGAUUAAACUCGCGCACCCACACACCUUAGACGCACACAAACACACACCCAGUGGGAAAUAAAUAUAUU